AUGUUGGAUGAUGAUGAGUUAGAUGAUGUUUUGUUGGAUUGUGAUGAGUUAGAUGAUCAUGAUGAAUUAGAUGAUGUUUUGUUGGAUGAUGAUGAUGAGUUGGAUGAUGGUAUGUUGGAUGAUGAUGAGUUUGAUGAUCGUAUGUUAGAUGAUGAUGAGUUAAAUGAUGGUAUGUUGGAUGAUGUUGAGUUAGAUGAUCGUAUGUUUGAUGAUGAUGAGUUGGAUGAUGGUAUGUUGGAUGAUGUUGAGUUAGAUGAUCGUAUGUUUGAUGAUGAUGAGUUGGAUGAUGGUAUGUUGGAUGAUGAUGAGUUAAAUGAUCGUAUGUUGGAUGAUGAUGAGUUAGAUGAUCGUAUGUUGGAUGAUGAUGACUUGGAUGAACGUUUGUUUGAUGAUGAUGAGUUAGAUUAUGGUAUGUUGGAUGAUGAGUUGGAUGAUGUUUUAUGA